GAGUUGGGUUUAUAAGAUAUUUUAAAUGAUUUUAAAUAUGCAACUUUGUGUUUUCUACCUGCAAAAUUGGCAUCGCUCAUUCAAAUUAAUCUUUGGUGAGCGAAAGAGAAAAAAAUGGGAGAAUCUUCAGAGAAGAUGAAAGACGAAGCAUUGAAAAUAAUCGAAUCAUUCCAAGUUUUACCAAAACUAGUUGUUUUCGAUCUCGAUUACACUCUCUGGCCAUUCUACUGCGAGUGUAGAUCCAAACGCGAAAUGCCAUCUCUCUAUCCUCACGCCAUGGGAAUCUUGUUGGCUCUCAAACAACGAGGAAUCGAUAUUGCCAUCGCUUCUCGAUCGCCAACCGCAGAUAUUGCCAAGGCUUUUCUCAACAAGUUGGGAAUCACCUCGUUCUUUGUUGCUCAGGAAAUUUAUUCUAGUUGGAGUCAUAAAACGGAUCAUUUUCAGAGAAUUCAUUCAACUACUGGAAUUUCGUUUCACGAUAUGCUGUUUUUUGAUGAUGAGAAUAGGAACAUCCAAGCGGUCUCUAAAAUGGGAGUGACAAGCAUUUUGGUUGAUAAUGGGGUAAAUCUUGGAGCCCUGUCUCAAGGCCUUACACAGUUUUCACGAAACUGGAAUACAUCGCAGAAGAACAAGCAGAAAUGGCUUUCCAAUUAUUCUAAAAAGCCAGAUACUUCCAACCCUGCCCCUUCAAAUUCAACAUCCAAGUAAAAAAAUUCUCUCGAUUUUAUUUGAAAUCUUGAUGAAUUUGAAUAUAUGUUGUAAUUGUUAUUACUUGAAUGAUAGUCUAAAUCAAAUUACUCAACCAAUACAAAAGCUAGGUAGCUUUGAAGGCGCUGCCUUCAUUUUUUCAUGUAACAUUAUUACGGCCAAGGCCAAAUAUGUUAUCUUUGUCGUGUAUAUUGUUGUUGUACUCGGCAUUGAAGUUACUUUGCGUGCUA